AUGGCGAGUCAGAUCUUACAAACAAUUCCCGGGCAAGCUGCCUCUCCCAUGGACGGUAGCACGAAGACUGUCGGGGAUAUGAAUUUGCACAAUUCUACCCAAUCCCACCCUUUGAUUGAAGAUACCAUAUCCCUGCCUACAAGAGCGGGCUCACUCCCGAUUCCCAACGAUGAUGAUCACCUCAGCAAUGUCGACGAGAGCGACAGCGACAGCGAUGACAACAGGCUGGUCCAAAAUACACCUCCAAAACCACGCCAAAUUUCGGAGAAGAAGCGAGCAGAUUAUCAGAAGUUCAUGCUGUUCUUGGAGGAGAACCAGAGGAAUCUGCAACCAAACAACAGGGCAGCGGUAGAGGACCCUGAUGCCAGAUCAGCCGAGUGGCUGGUCCGGGAUGACAAAUCUCGCAGAAUUAUCGAGAGUCCGCGCGACUACCAGAUCGAGCUCUUUGAGAGGGCCAAAGACAGGAACGUCAUAGCUGUGCUCGAUACAGGCUCCGGCAAGACCUUGAUCGCCGUAUUGCUGUUGCGGUACAUCAUCGAGCAAGAGCUUGAGGCCCGAGCUCGAGACCGCCCAAAGCGCUUAUCGUUCUUCUUGGUCGACAAAGUGGCCCUCGUCUUCCAACAGCAUGCCGUUCUCGAGAGCAACCUUGACCAGCCAAUCGCCAAGUUCUGUGGCGGCCUGACGACAGGCCUGGCGCUGACAGACUGGAAGAAGAUCUUUGCCGAGAGCAUGGUCGUCGUGUGCACGGCAGAUAUCCUGCAGAGCUGUUUGACCCAUGGCUACCUCAGCAUGGGCCAAAUCAACCUCCUUAUUUUUGACGAGGCCCAUCACGCAAAGAAGAAUCAUGUAUAUUCUCGAAUCGUCAAGGAAUUCUACAUUGGGCACCCUCCCGAGGGCCGGCCCAAGAUCUUUGGCAUGACUGCGUCGCCUGUAGAUGCUCAAGGCGACAUCAGAAAGGCAACUCUGGAGCUCGAGGGCCUGCUGCAUAGCGAGAUUGCCACCGUGGCAGACCCGUCUCUGAUACAAAAGUCUGUCUGCAAGCCCAAGACCGAGAAAAUUGUCCAUUACGACCGACUAUGCCCACCACACUUCUCAGGUCUCACCCAGAAGCUUCACUCCCUCAUAGGCGAGCACUCAGCUUUUGAGAGACACUUUGAAUUUGCCAAGAUGGCAUAUUCUGAUCUCGGACCAUGGUGUGCAGAUCGGUUCUGGGAACUUGUGCUCACUGAAGAGGAAACUUUGCGGUUUCAAGCCAAAUCCGAGAGGGAUUAUACAACUGGCCUGCAGCGAGGCUCAAGUGUUGAUGCUCACGUUGAGGCCGUUCGCGACGCCAGAUCGAUCAUCGAGGGACACCCGUUCCCACCAUUGAACAAGUCCCAUCUGUCUAGCAAAGUCAAGCAGCUCUACUCUGCGCUCUCGGACCAGUUUGGUCGCCCUGGAGGAUCUAAGACCAAGUGUAUCGUCUUUGUGGAGCGAAGAUUCACUGCCACUGCAUUAGCUGACCUCUUCCACUCUUCCCGCCUGAGGGUUCCGGGACUUCAUGCUGCUGCACUCGUUGGGGUGGGAUUCGAUGACGGUGCCAGCAGGAACUCUUAUCGCGACCAGGUUGUCACGUUGAUCAAGUUCAAGAAAGGGAUACUCAACUGUCUGUUCGCGACGUCUGUGGCCGAGGAGGGCCUGGAUAUCCCUGACUGCAAUCUCAUCAUCAGGUAUGAUCUUUACAACACCAUGAUCCAGUACAUUCAAUCCCGGGGCCGGGCGCGCCAGGAGAAUUCCACCUACAUCCACAUGCUCGAGGCCGGCAACGCUUCGCACUACUCGAAGGUCCAUCAAAACCAGAGAAACGAGCAGGCCCUCAGGCACUUCUGCUCGACGGUCCCCGAAGAGCGCAAACUCAGAGGAUACAACUUCAACAUGGACUAUUUCCUCAAAAAGGAUAGGAAGCAGAGGCAGUUGGUGAUCGAGUCUACUGGUGCUAAGUUGGGAUACAAACAAAGCCUCAUCAUUCUGGCCGAAUUUGUCGCGACUCUCCCUCAUGCUCCGGAGAUCAGCCUCAUCCCAGAGUACACGGUCACAUAUUCACCGGAAGGGUUCGUCGGAGAGGUUCUCCUUCCCGCAGCCUCACCCAUCCGAAGCGCUGUCGGCAAGCCCCAUUCCUCAAAGCAAGUCGCAAAAUGCUCGGCCGCCUUUGAGAUGUGCUACCAGUUGCUUCAGGCCAAAUAUCUUACAGAGCACCUGAAGUCCGUCUUCACCAAACAGCUACCCGCUAUGAGAAGCGCGAGACUCGCAAUCAGUUCCAAAAAGAAAGGAGAGUACAAGAUGCGCUCAAAGCCAGAAUUAUGGUCUCAGAAGGGGGAGCCAAAAGAGCUCUUUGCUACCGUUCUGAUUCUCACUGAGCCCGAGUCCAUGGAGCAUGCCUCACGCCCCCUUAUCCUGUUCACAAGACAAGCGCUUCCCGACUUUGCCCCCUUUCGGCUACACUUUGGCAAGGGCCGUUCGUCACGGGUUGCGCCCGUGGCAAUAGCAACGCCGAUUUCCACGGACCAUGACGUGUUGAGUCUACUGACAACGUUCACUCUCCGAAUCUUUCACGAUGUUUUCAGUAAGGAAUAUGAGGCUACAGCGUCUGACCUGCCGUUCUUCAUUGCCCCUUCAGCACACAGCCACACAACUGCGUUCUCACCAACAUCCGACGUGAUGAGCCUGGCUGAUUGGGACUUGCUGAAGUACGUGUCGGCGAACCCUGUAAUUCCGUACGAAGGCAAUGAGCCGGAUGACUUCUUCCAACAAAAGUAUGUCAUCGACUUGCAUGACGGGUCGCGCAAGUUCAUCGUUCAAAAGCUGCGGAAGGAUCUCCGUCCUUCCGAUCCAGUACCAGACAGCGUGCCUGCACCAGCGAACAGGCAGUGGCGCCUGGGUCAGGUAAAGCAUGACAUCCUCAACUACAGUGUCAGCCUCUGGGCCAAGUCUCGAGCCCGGGCCACCUUCCGAGAUGAGCAGCCGGUUGUGGAGGCCAAACUUCUUCCACACUCUCGCAAUCUGCUGGAUGACCAGGCCCUUGGCAAUGAAGUACGAGAAAAGACUUGCUAUCUGAUCCUCGAACCGCUACGCAUCUCUGCUCUGCCACUCGACGCUGUGGCAAUGGCCUACAAUCUCCCCUCCAUAUUGCACAGGCUCGAAGCACAGAUGGUUGCCGUGGAUGCCUGUAAGGCAAUCGGACUUGACAUCCCUGCAGGCCUGGCUCUUGAGGCCCUGACAAAGGACAGCGACAAUACAGACGAGCACGAUGCUGAGCAGAUCAAUUUCCAGGAGGGAAUGGGUAGUAAUUACGAGCGGCUGGAGUUUCUUGGCGACGCCUUCCUCAAGAUGGCUUCCACUAUUGCCCUCUACACGCUCAUCCCCGACAAGGACGAGUUCGAGUACCACGUCGAGCGCAUGUGUCUCGUGUGCAACAAGAACCUCUUCAACAAUGCUCUCGAGAUGCAUAUCGAGGAGUACAUCCGUUCGCAGGCAUUCGAGCGUCGAGCUUGGUACCCGGAUCUCAUCCUGAAAAGGGGCAAGUCGAAGAAGCCCCGGACCAGCCACGUGCUGGGUGACAAGUCGAUAGCUGAUGUCUGCGAAGCUUUCAUCGGCGCAGCUUACCUGACAUCUUGUCAGCAAGGCAACUUUGACCUGGCGGUGCGAGCUGUCACCAUCAUGGUGGCCAACAAGAACCACCCCAUGAAGUCGUACGAGGAAUACUACGCCGCAUACACCAAGCCGCAGUGGCAGACUGCCCCGGCGACUGCAACCCAGGCGAACCUUGCACUCAAGAUCAAAGAGCAGAUGGGCUACGAGUUCCAGUGCCCGCGCCUGCUUCGAUCGGCUUUCAUGCACCCGUCGUACCCCCGAUCCUACGAAAAUCUUCCCAGCUACCAACGUCUCGAGUUCCUCGGCGAUGCCCUUCUCGACAUGGCCACUAUCGAACACCUCUUCCGGACCAAUCCCGAUCGCGACCCCCAGUGGCUCACGGAGCACAAGAUGGCCAUGGUCUCGAACCAGUUCCUCGGCAUCCUCUGCGCCGAGCUCGGGUUCCACCGCCACCUCGUGUCCCUGAGCGCCCCUAUCCAGCGCCAGGUCGGCGAGUGGAUCGCAGAGGCCACGCAGGCCAAGGAGGAGGCCCAGGACCGCGCCGAAAAGGAGGGCAAGAGCCGCGAGGACUACCCCCGCGACUACUGGGUCCAGGUGUCGCAGCCGCCCAAGUGCCUGCCCGACAUCGUCGAGGCCUACGUCGGCGCCCUCUUCGUCGACUCCGAGUACGACUACGGCGCCGUGACGCGCUUCUUCGAGCGCCACGUCCUGCCCUUCUUCCGCGACAUGCACAUGUACGACACCUUCGCCAACAAGCACCCCGUCACCUUUGCGGCUAACCUGCUGUCGACGCGCUUCCGGUGCCGCGAGUGGCGCGUCGUCGUCGAGGAGGUCGACGUGCCCGAGGACGACCUGCGCUCCGGGACGGUGUCGGUCUUCGAGACGCGCGUGUCGGCGGGCUUCAUGGUGCACGGCCAGGUGGUCGGGUGCGCCGUCGCGGCGAGCGGGCGCUACGCCAAGGUCGCGGCCGCGAAGCAGGCGCUGGCCAAGCUGGAGGAGCUGAAGGAAGAGGAGUUCCGCGAGCUGACGGGCUGUGACUGCGGCAAUCGCGCUGACGGCGGCGGCGGCGACGGCCAGGAUGAGGGCGUUGAGGGAGAUGCGAUGGAGGAGCAUGCGACUGCUAUCUGA